AUGCUGGCUCCAUGGACGGGGCCCAUUAGCAGGGCCGGCUACUGUUACAGUGCUAUCUGUCAAGUGAUCUAUGAUUCUGAGAUCCUGGCCGCCCGAGCUGGGGGAAGACCGGCAGCCCCAGGAGGAGAGAGAGCGUUUGACGCAGCACAGCCCCUUAAUCCAUCCUGCCUCCCCGCAGGGCACCAGGAGGGCCGUCAGGCGCCCCUGUUGCCUUAG